AUGUUCACACCAGUAGUUAAACGAUUAUACCCGGUUUAUAGAUUGUUGAAAGUAAGUAGGAUUAGCUCUAGAAUAAGAAUGACAGGGAGACCAGAAGACGCUAAGUUUUUGAAGGCGCAUCCGGUGUCAAAUGCGGACGAUUGCAAAUGGAUUGGCCUCGAACGGCUCGAGUAUCUCGACCCUAACGGGACACCAAGACAAUGGGACAGUGCAGUCAGAAGAACUAGGAAUAGUGGUGGGAUUGACGGCGUGGGAAUCCUGGCGAUCUUGAAGUCACCGGGCGCCGAGCCAGAGAUACUGCUACAGAAACAAUUUAGGCCCCCGGUGGAAGGCGUUUGCAUCGAGAUGCCAGCUGGGCUAAUUGACGAAAACGAAUCGGUGGAAGUAGCCGCUUUGCGUGAGCUCAAAGAAGAAACCGGAUACUCUGGCAAAAUUGUAAGCAAGACCCCCAUCAUCUUCAAUGACCCCGGAUUUACAAAUACCAAUUUGUCUCUGGUCACUGUGGAAGUGGAUACCUUGGCGCCUGAAAAUCAAAACUUACAGACGGAACUGGAGGAAAACGAGUUCAUCGAGUCCUUUAAAGUCCCCUUGAAAAGUUUUGCCAGCGAUAUGGAGAAACUCGCCGAACAAGGCUAUAAGCUAGAUGCGCGUGUGCAAAAUGUUGCCCAGGGCAUCAGACUAGCGCAACAGUAUCAGCUGUAA